AUGGAGGAACUCCAGGGACUCUUGAGGGAGUUGGAGAGAGGUCUUUUACAGCUAGCAGAGGGAAUGGAAGCGGGACAUGCCGACCCAGAGCAUGUGGAAGAUAAAAUUGAAGAAUUUAUCGAGGCUGUUGGACUAAUUUCUGCACUUGCCAACCAGGACAUGGACAACAGGGUGACAGCAAACUUAGAGGAAGCGGAUACAGGGACCGGGGCGUUUGGCAUUUGACAUACCGAUUGCGGUUCUUGAGCACCAUGUUCUUUGUGGAUUGCCAGCCGGUCAAAUUGCAGCGAUGUUUGGUGUGUCAAAGAGGACCAUUAGGAGGCACAUGGAACAAUACGGCUUAAGGUAUUGACACUAAAUCCAUUACUUGUCGGUUUAUGAAUUGCUUAAUUGUCUCUGUGUUGUUUAAAACGACUUUUUCCCCCUAUGGUGCAGAAAAACAGACCUCUAUUCAACCAUCAAUGAUGAGGAGUGAGACCGCAUCGUAACUGAGCUUCACAGAAGACAUCCAAACACCGGCUACAAGCUCAUGCAAGGUCAUCUGGCUGCAAGAGGUGUGCAUGUUCCAGGUGAGUCUAGUACUAUGGUCAUUAUUUUAUUACCUCCGCCAAGGAGGUUAUGUUUUCGGUAGCGUUGGUUUGUUUGUUUGUUUGUCUGUUAGCAACUUUACGGAGAAAGUCACAGACGGAUUGACCUGAAAUUUUCACCAGAGGUGCGGCUCAGCCCCAGGAGGAUCCCAUUACAUUUUGGUGGUGAUCCAGACAAAAUUCUGGAUACUGUGAUCCAGAACACACAAAAAUAAGGGUGUCGUUGGAAUUUUCAAUGCUGCAAGAUAACAAAUGGGCGGCACUGUGGUGUAGAUGGGUGGCACUGUUGCCUCACAACCAGAAGAUUCUGGGUUCGAAUCCUGAUCAGGGCAUACCAGUUUAAACACAAAUAAACGUUAAUAAAAGACACGUAACAGUAAGUUUCGGUGUGAAUCACAAUAUAAGAGGGGACAUGAGCUGCUUGGCGGAGGUCUGCGCUCUCCGACUGCUUUUCUAGUUUAAUUUGCAAUGCAGAGCCAAUUGCAGAACAGACCUGACCCAUGAUUUUCAGGCUAAUAUUUAAUAGAGGUGUACAAUAUCUAGCUGGAUGCGCCCAGCGCCCCCUCCUCCCCCAAUGAUGUAAGAGGUAUAUUAUGAUCAGGCUGAAAAUCACAGGCCAUGUUUGUCAUGGCAUACAGUCAGCAGUGUAAACCUGUGGCAUGCAGGAGCAGCUUGCUUUUGUCUUGUAACAGACUAAAAAUAUCUGACAGUUCAGCACAUUAUUGAGACUUGUGGUUCAUAUAGUGACAACUCCACAUCCUGUCUUCCUGUCUUGUAUUAGACAAGUGACUGAGUAUUUUUGUUCCAGUACUGGUCAAGUAGGGUGAAUAGUUGUUUUUAACCAAGUUGCCAAUGAGUGUAUAGUUAUUAUUCAUUUGAUUUCCCUUCCCUCAGUAUCAAGACUGCAACAGUCUUUACGCAGAGUCGAUGCAGAGGGAGUCUACAUGAGACGUCUAAGACUUCAUGUAUUGAGACGACGGCAGUAUUCUGUUCCUGGCCCAAACUCUUUGUGGCAUAUAGAUGGCAAUCAUAAGCUCAUCAGGUCAGUGAUCUUGGCAGAUUCGCAAUACAUCUUUUCUCAGAUGUGUCAUUACUAUUGUUUUACAACAAAGUUGUACUUUUCCAUGUGUUCAUGAUUGCUUGACAGAUGGAGAUUUGUUGUCCAUGGUGGGGUUGAUGGAUUCAGCCGUUUGGUGGUCUACCUAACUGUGGCAGGAAAUAAUAGAGCUUAUACAGUCCUUCAGAGCUUUAUUGCUGCAGUUGAGCAGUAUGGGCUGCCAUCAAGGGUACGGUCUGAUAAAGGGGGUGAGAAUGCAGAUGUAGCAGAAUUCAUGAUCAGGAGCAGAGGGACUGACAGGAAUUCACACAUCACAGGGAGAAGCGUCCAUAAUCAGCGGUAAAUAGAUGUUUGGCAGCUACGCUCAGACAACAACCGCAGCAGUUGAGUGUACAUCUUUGGCAUAGAUCUAACAUACAUUAACACUGUCAAUUUUAUUCUUAAUACAGAAUAGAGCGGAUGUGGAGGGAUGUUUAUGAACAUGCCCUUGACCUCUUCUAUCAAAUUUUCACUUCAUUGGAAGAUCAGGGAACAUUGGAUCCAGACAAUGAAGUCCAUCUUCUUGCACUACACUGGAGCUUUCUCUCACUAAUUCAAGAAAUCCUUGACUCUUUUAAAGAUGCUUGGAACUUUCAUGGUCUUAGAACUGAAAGGAAUCACUCACCACAGCAACUCUGGAGAAGAUACAGAGAGCAAGGCCCCAUGGAGGUUCCCACUGAGGUUGGAGAAAAAUCAUCUUAAAACACUUUUGUCUGUUUCCCAAAAAGUAUGGAAGAUUGUAUUUACUUCAGGUGUUACACUAAAGUGUCUACAGUCACCAAAUUAGCCAUUAAACUAUAAUUGUUGCCAUGCAUAAUAUACACAACCAUUAUUUUUCUCAAAGGAAUAGGCAACAUUUGAUUUCUCAAUGACUUGGUUACCAAACAUAAUCUUAGAAACCGCGUGUAAUGAAAUGUUAGUCGUUUUUUGAUCAUGCUUGUCCUCCAUUCAGGUUUAUGAAGACUAUGGGAUUGACUGGAAUGGACCUCACAGUCUUAAUGGAGGCACUGUGUCAGUCCCCGAGAUUCAGCUGGCCCGAGAGCUCACAGACGAAGAGGUCGCCACUUUGCCAGCUCCAGGAUUGUCUGUCACUGAUGCAGUUAGAGCAUAUUUAGACACUAUGCAGGUUUUAACAAGAAUAACAGCAAACUGA